AUCACUGAACGGAAACUUCAGGAUGCUCGGGGCUGUCAAAAUGGAAGGACACGAACACGCCGACUGGAGCACCUACUAUGGAGAGCCUGAGUGUUACACCUCAGUUGGCAACAUGAACACCGGACUGGGAAUGAACUCUAUGAACACGUACAUGAGCAUGUCUGGAAUGAGCACAGCGGCAAACAUUACAGCCAACACUAUGAACAUGUCGUACGUGAACACGGGCAUGAGCCCCUCCAUGACUGGCAUGUCCCCAGGCGCAGGUGCAAUGGCGGGUAUGGGCCCGGGCAUGACGGGUAUGAGCGCAGCACUCAGCCCGAGCAUGAGUCCAAUGACUGCUCAAGCGCCUUCCAUGAACGCUCUGACAUCCUAUACGAACAUGAACGCCAUGAGCCCCAUGUAUAGCCAGUCAAAUAUCAACCGAUCCCGCGACCCCAAAACGUACCGCAGGAGCUACACACACGCCAAGCCGCCGUAUUCAUACAUCUCCCUGAUUACCAUGGCCAUCCAGCAGUCCCCGAGCAAGAUGCUCACUCUAAGUGAGAUCUACCAGUGGAUCAUGGACCUGUUCCCCUUUUACCGACAGAACCAGCAGCGCUGGCAGAACUCCAUCCGCCACUCGCUCUCCUUCAAUGACUGCUUCGUCAAAGUGCCUCGCUCGCCUGAUAAGCCCGGCAAAGGCUCGUUCUGGACCCUGCACCCUGACUCGGGCAACAUGUUUGAGAACGGCUGCUACUUGCGGCGCCAGAAGCGCUUUAAGUGCGAGAAAUCCACAAGCAAGGAAUCUGGCCGGAAGUCGUCCGAACCUGGUUCACACAGCAGCUCCGAAAGCUGUAACGGUAACGAGUCCCCGCACUCUAACUCCUCUGUCAGCGAGCACAAAAGGUCUCUUUCCGACCUGAAGUCGAACCCAGGAAUGAGUCCAGAUCACAACGCCACCUCGCCCGUUUCCCAGCAUCACCAACAGCAACAGCAGCAACAUCUCAUGGUGCAGCACCACGCGGUUCUUGCGCACGACGCGCACUUGAAACCUGAGCAUCACUACGCUUUCAACCACCCGUUCUCCAUCAACAACCUCAUGUCGUCCGAGCAGCAGCAUCAUCACAAAAUGGACUUGAAAACUUACGAGCAGGUGAUGCACUACGGCUACAGCUCGCCGAUGGCCGGCGCGCUCUCCAUGGGCUCCAUGGCGGCGAAAGCGGGCUUCGACUCAUCGCCGUUAGGAGCUGACACCACAUCCUAUUACCAAGGCGUGUACUCGAGACCCAUCAUGAACUCAUCCUAG